AUGUCCCUUAGUGAACUGACACGUAAUUCCUUUCAGAGUGGUAUCCAACCCGCGAAAUGGAUCAAUCUGUGCAAGCUAUUCACAUCGAAGAGACAACUCCAACUAACCUCGGAAGCAGUCCAAAUGGACCUUGGAAACUCUGUGCUAUUACUUUUCCGUAGCUAUCCCGGCGAUCCAGCUUUACAGGCAUAUCUCAACUGUGCUAUCCAAGACCAGAUACUGUCACUUCCCAUCUUCGUCGUGAUGUUUCUUUCUGCAGCUAAAUCGCAAGAAUUGCACAAUACGGCCACUCUGGACAUUCUAUGUAGAGUUAUUCUCGACGCUCAUUACGCGUCUGGAAGCCCUCCUAUUGGAUCAGUUGUCUCAUACGCCGAAUCCAGCGUUGAGGUCUUAGGUACUGUCCAAGAUGCCAUGACCUUGCUUAAAACGGCGUAUUCCCUCCCUACGACUCCCCUUCACCAACUAACAACCUCCGCAUCAGAGCUCCUCAUUCUCCUUCUGUCGUGUGUCACGGACGUUUCUCAAAUAUCCACAGCACAAGCCAUGAUGUAUUUUGCGGAAGCAAGCGAAAUGUUGCAAGUGCUACGUCUCUCCUCGGGGGUCAAGCGAGUCCUUGAAUCUUUUGCAUUGUCUCUCAGUCUGCUCUUGGGGGACGAUGCCAAAGUUGCAAGGGAGGCGCAGAUGAUGCAUACGCUACUGGCUCUCAGCAAAGGUGAUAGGCAAGGUCCGGGAUCGGAUACAGAUACUAUCACUUGUAGCUUGGUAUUACAUAGCCUGAUUUUAAGCAGAUCAAGUGAAUAUGGCUCUGGGGAUCCAUCGCAUGUGGCUGCGAUCCUUCUUGGCUUGUUACGAUGGUCCUCUUGGACACCAGUCGUAUUUUAUACCCAACUCCUCUUGUCGGCUUUGACUUGCUUGGCUCAAAACCUCUCUCUUGGUUCGUCAAGUAGAUCAGGGCUAAUCUGGAGAGCCUUCGUCGUCGGUCGUCUCCCAUUUCUCAUGUCGCUGUUCCAACAAGCUGCUGAGCUCGAUGGAACAGCAGGAGUUGACUGGCGGACAGUACUCCAGUUAGCGCUGCUGUCAGUGCUUCAACAUACUGAGCUCCUAGAUAAGUGCGACAGCAAUUCUCGCCCUGGAAGCGCAGACUCGGGCGAAAGAUCUGCGCACUCUCGUCUUUUCGUGCUCGAAUUUUUUUAUCAGCUGCUGGCAGUUGGGCUGAUAGACAGCUCCUUCGCUACAACAGUCAGCCCGACACUCCCCAACGAGUUUCACCCAAAGUUGCAAUCAGAGGCACAAGACGCAGGAUUGGAUCUUGCCUCUUAUUUCGAAGCGAAGUUGUCGGUAGAGGUUGGUGUCGAAGAUGCUGUAUUCUUGGAAAGAACAUGGAAGGAUCCAACCAGUCAUGCCGCGCUUGCGGAGACAGUGCACAAGCGGUUCACGUCGCCAGCUUCGCUCGAUAUUGAAUCCUUGAGUCACCUUUGCAGGAUUCUGAGCGCGAACGAGCCUGCCCUUGACAUUCUGUCCCUCCAUAUCAAGAUCCCUCAGCUCGUAACACACGCAUUGGCAUAUGUGGAUGAUUAUGACUUUGAGACGAUAGGCGAUCCGCAGGCUGCAGUCAGCCAUCUCGGUGACGUUCUUCUGUUCCUGCAAUCUACGAUAGUGCGGUUUAACCUGUUGUCGGCUCCGUUCGUGCUUGGUGGAAGGGCGUUGUCCCCUGAAUUCCUUUUCUCGGCUGCUACCAUCUAUCGAUUAGCAGAUUUGAAGGGCGAAGAUUUGGGUGCAUUCAAUGGAUGGUUUAAGGCAUUGUUCGACAUCAACAGUGAAGGCAUAGAGGACACCAUACUUCGGGCAACUCGUCCAAAAACCCUUCUUCGCAUCUCUGCCACCUUGUUCUGUCACGCCAUCGGCUUAUGCUCAGAGCGCAAAAUGGACAAGGAUGUCCUCAAUAGCGGUAUAUCUUACUUUUUAGGGCCGUUGCUCAACUGGACGCUUCUCGGGAUUGUGAAGGCUCUUCUAGCGGAGAUCCACCGCAGAAGAUUUAUGGCACCUAUUCAUCUGGAGGUGCUGCAAACCGUCUUGAAUUCGCAAUCCUGCCCCCCAGUGGUUCGACACUUAUCGGCACCUGCCGUACUGAGGCUCUUUCCUUCCGGAACGAAGCUCGGUUUGACACCAACGAUAGUCUACGACCCCUCACCCAUUCGGCGAGUAGCCCUGCAAGCUCUGGGACUACCCGUUGACGAUACACAAGACGCCCUGUCGCUGAACACCCACGGCCCAAGCUGGGCAGAUCAACCACGCCACGCCGUCCGAGACGCUCUCUCGGCAGCGCGUGCAGGAAAAGCACCAUCACUCGACGUCACGAGGUGCCUGGUCUUCACAACGCCCACAAAAUUUCUCAACGCACUGUGGGACGAGCUUAUGACCGCCGCGACCAUCGGCGACGUGGAGGCACCCACACGUGUUGCAACUUUCGUGUUGACCAUGCCCCGGUGUCCGCGUUCACCGCCUCUCCUGCCUAUCUUCCUGCACGUGGUCCUACCCACCAUCGUCGCCUCGGCCGAUCACCUCGCGUCGUCCGGGCGCGCCCCGCCGGACCAGACGAUCACCAUUGAACUUCUGGUGUCGGUGAUCUCAUCUGCGCUUACGGCCGCUCUCCAUCUCGAGUGGGCUCUGGUCACUGUCUGCGGCGAGAAGCGUUUCGUCCUGGGCCAGUCGGUCUCCUAUAUGGCGCGGAGAUUGGCCGGCGAUCUGCGGAGGAAGGGGCACGGUGAGACUAGCGCGGCCAUUAUGCAACGUCUCGUAGAGUCGCAACCCUUCAUGGCCAACUUCCCCACCUUCAGCGCUGAUUUGUAG